AGAGAGAUCAGGGAUUAGGGUGUUUUUCGGAAUGAUUAGGGUGGUUUUUGGGGAAUGAUUUGGGUUUCUUUGCGGAAUGAUCGGGUUUCUUUCUAGGAAUGAUCUGAGUUUUUUUUCUGGGGAACGAUUAGGGUGGUUUUUGGGGAAUGAUUUGGGUUUCUUUCCACAAUGAUCAGGGUUUCUUUCUAGGAGAGAUCUGGGUUUUUUUCUGGGGAACGAAACGAUUGGGUUUUUUUUCUGGGGAACGAUUAGGGUGGUUUUUGGGGAAUGAUUUGAGUUUCUUUCCAGAAUGAUCAGGGGAGCGAUCUGGGUUUUUUUUUUCUGGGGAUCGAUUAGGGCUUCUUUCUAGGAACAAUUAGGGGUUUUGGGAACCUGAAAUUGGGGAUUUGGGAUUCGAAACAAUUUGGGAUUAGGUCGAGUCAUUGUUCUAUAUCAUGUGUCAAUCUAUGGCUUCCUAUGGAUGCAGGAAGGACGUUCGAUGGAUGCGCUACUGGCAGUUUCGUUUCCUUUGAGCUUUUUGCUGGUAUUGUAUACACUAAUAUUUUUGAAAAUUUUAUUUAUAGAACCUAGCUCUUUCUCUCUGUUUUAUAUGAUGAUAGACUGAUAGUGAAUGCAUUUUCUUUGAAUGGCAUGAUGGAGAAAUCGUUGGAAGAGCACCUGAUGUGAUUCGGCAUUUGAAAGAGGAAAAUGAGUGGUUGAAGUCUCAACGGAAAAGGGUUCCAAGAGGACAAAGAGGUAACCUGAGUCACGUUGAAAAUUGCAUUGAGAAUCUAAGGGCUGACUUGAGGGGGAUGAAUGUUGAAGGAAGCAUUGAGAAGGUGAGAGCUGAUUUGAAGGAAAUAGGUUUUGAAAGGCCUAUUGAGAUGCUAAAGGAUGAAAUGUCCACGGAGUUAGUGCAGGAUGAAAGCAAUGGGUGAUGGUGUUUGUAUUGGAGUUGAGAAUUCAGUUAGGAGGUUGAUUAAGAAGUUGUUGCUGACUAUUGUAGUUGUUGUGGUUAUUAUAGCAUUUGUUUAUGGUCAGUUAUAAAAUGACCAAUUCCUAAACUGUUCUUGUUAAGCUGCUCUUUUGUUAAGUUAGAAGGUGGUAGUUAAUGUAGACAUUGGCAGCUAUGUAGGAUUUUGUAUGUAGACAUUGGCAGCCAUGUCUCUUGUACAAUCUGUAUCCAUAUUCUUCCUUAUCAAUGACAAAAACGCAUUUGCAGUAAAUGAGUCUUUACUUC